CACAUACCACACUAAUCACACCGGCACCAACGGCAUCGUCUUCUCCAAACCCCGAGACAUCACGGAGGAAGCUGGUCUCACUCUCGCCGAGCUAGCAACAGCGUGCGAGGUCCGCAAUGGCACGGCCACAGCAACGGUAUCGCGGCGUGCGACAACGCCACUGGGGCUCCUGGGUGUCCGAGAUCCGCCACCCGCUCCUCAAGACGAGGAUCUGGCUGGGUACCUUCGAGACGGCGGAGGACGCGGCGCGCGCCUACGACGAGGCCGCUCGCAUCAUGUGCGGCACGCGCGUGCGCACCAACUUCCCCGACGACGCCGGCGGCACCCCGUCAUCGUCGUUCCUCUCCCCGGCGCUCGUGGCCAAGCUUCACCGCUUCAACAUGGCGUCGGGUUCGCAGGCCGCGGAGCAACGGGAGAAGGGCGCCUCGUCGACGGCGUCCGUGGAGGCGCGCGCGGCGGCGGCGGCGGCAUCGUUCGCUGGCAUGGGCUAUGCCAGUGCGCCGUCGGCGGAGGCGGCGGCGGCAGCGGGGUGGAGCGGCGGGUUCCUGGAGGAGCAGUACGUGGAACAGAUGAUCGAGGAGCUGCUGGACUCCAACUUCUCCAUGGAGAUCUCCUACUAGUUGUUGCUACCCAUGUUCUGUUUCCGUGUCUUCCGUUUGUUCUGUUUCCACUCUCUUUCUCCCUGCGAGUGUGUGUUUCUGUGUUAGUUAGUAUGCUAUGUCAGGAAUAACUCGAGGUUAGUAUGGUCAUCAACCCGAGUUCUCCAACAGCUUGUGUAUACGGUAGCUUUGGUUAGAGAAUAGGAAAUUUUCUUUAUUCUUUUACUACUUAUUGAUGUCCAAAUUCUACGAUCUUAAUGCUGCCCUGCCGACAUUCUUUUUA